AUGCCAGCGAAGAAGGAUAAGACGCCCGUCGGGACUCUGUUCCUCAGACGUAGGCAGGUGCAUGUGCAGCAAGUGGCCAUUCAGAGAGACAUCAAGGAAGCCUCUGCCCUGCUCCAGACCAUCGAACCUGCCUCUCCCGAUCCGGACACCUUGCAAAAGCUAAGUUUCUUGUGCUGUGUUUUAGAAUCUUCCUUAUUAGCAUAUGACGAUUUUUGUGGUAGUUUAGCUGAGAUUUUGGUUCCUGAGAAUCUGGGUAUCUCUAAAGAAGAUGUUGAAGCUGAGUUAGAGGAUUGUGUAAAUUGCUCAUCAUCUGUACGCUCCACAAUCACUGCCAUCAAACGCACGUUACACACGUCAUCGCCUAGCGCGAUCGGAAACCCAGCUGGCGCUAGCGACCCAGACUCGCACGAUCAGCAUGUCUUAGCCUCAGCAUCACUACACGCUACCGCAACAAAACUGCUAUCUACCACACAACAACAACAUAAAUCCAUCACUCAAACACAGUCACAGCUCCUACAACAACAGACCGCUCUCCUCAACACGCUACAAUCUCAAUCUCAGCCUUGUACUACUUCAACACCAACAUCUGUCAAAUUACCAAAAUUUGAAAUUUCCAAAUUUUCUGGAGAUUUUUUGAAAUGGAGCGAAUUCCAUGACAUGUUCAUGUCCUCAAUUGACAGUAACACGGGGCUGUCAGAGAUACAAAAACUCACCUACCUAAAGGACCACGUUACUGGGUUGGCCCAUGACGCCAUCUCCGGCCUCCCUUUGUCGAACGCAAACUACACCAUUGCGUUGGAUAUCCUCCGUGCCCGAUUCGGCACCAAACAAGUACUGGUGGAUUCGCAUUACACGUCAAUGCUCGACUUACCUUCCGCGUCGAACACCACAACCUCGUUACGCAAGUUGUAUGACCAGUUAGAAAUUCACUUGCGUAGCCUUGAUGCUCUUGGCGAGAAAACUGACUCAGGCGUAAUUAUCUCCAUCAUGACAAGCAAACUUCCACGAGCCACACUUGUAACCCUUGAGCUAAAAAAGGGCCCAACGCCAUGGACCUGCCAGGACUUAAGAGACGCUCUAGGAGUGUACAUUGCGGCACACGAAGCGGCAGAUCGCCUUUGCCCGGCAAAGAAGCCCAACGACACAAGCAGCUUCAAGGCCUCUCAUGCCACAUCCCCUUCCCCAUCUCCAUCUUCUGGGCAUUCAUUACCAGCACAAGCAAUGUCUCGGCGAAAGCCUACUUGUGCAUUUUGCAAGGCCGCACAUUAUACAGACGAAUGCACCAAAGUUACCACGAUCAAUGACAGACAGAAGGCAGCUAAAGGUCGUUGCCUCAAAUGCUUCAGUACACGGCACAGUACACGUGAAUGCACUAGCACAAUCACUUGCUAUCAUUGCAAAACGUCUGGCCAUCACCGCAGUUUGUGCCCGACUAAAUUCACAGCCUCAUCCCAAACCAGCCUAAGCGCUCAUGCGGAGGUUUUCACACCUCACGCCAACACACUUACAACGAACGGUGGUAGCCAUGUCGUAAUGCAAACGGCCGUAGCAUCAUGCUCAACACACGAUGGUGACAUUGUCAAUGCGAGAAUCUUGUUCGACACUGGUGCAAAUCGCACGUAUGUCACUUCACACUUAGCAACACGUCUCAACCUGCCUACAGUCGGUAAGCAGUAUAUUUCUUUAGCAACCUUUGGCAAUAGCAAGCGACACACAACAGAAUAUGACCAGGUGGAAGUUAGGGUGCAGUGCAAUGAUGGCUCUAUGCACCUCCUCAAAGCAUGUGUGUUACCAGAAAUCACUGCACCGAUUCAGAGGGUAGAAUUGGCAAAGCGGUAUCCAGUCUUGCAAUCAUUGCCCCUUGCCGAACCGCUAGCGUCUUCUUCAGGCUCAUUGCCCAUCGACAUACUGGUGGGCCUCGAUCACUACUACCAUAUUGUGGGUCCAGACCGCUUGGAACUUCCAGGGGGACUUGUCCUCCUGCAGUCUUCCCUCGGCUUCAUUUGUACAGGUACGGUACCUACACCGGCCACGUCGGAGGGUCAAUCAUGUCUUGCAGUCCACAGUCACAGCGAUGGAGAUCCCUCUAUGGACUUGCAGCGGUUUUGGGCAGCGGAAGAGUUCCCUGUCCCAGACAACGCAGACCACGAAGACAUCGUUCUUCAGCGAUUCCUCCACACACUCUCUUUCGAAGACUCUCGCUAUGUUGUCGAGUGGCCGUGGCGGGACCUGCACGACGAACUUCCAUCCAACUACGGAUUAGCACUGGGCCGACUGACCUCCCUUUUGAAACGUGUCACGUCAAAGCGUACUCUUCUUCAACAGUACAACAGUGUGUUGCAAGAUCAGUUGACCAAAGGCAUUAUUGAGAUAGUACCGCCUGGGCCCACUUCGAAUUCUGUGCAUUAUCUUCCCCACCACUGCGUAGAGAAGCCUUCACACACGACUACCAAGCUCCGAAUAGUCUACGAUGCUUCCGCCAAGCUCUCACGCUCCCACCCCAGCCUGAACGACUGCCUAGCUGCUGGCCCGAACCUCGUCCCUGAUCUCGCUGGAGUCCUUCUGCGUUUCCGCCUUUCGCCUAUUGCCAUUUCCAGUGACAUAGAAAAAGCUUUCCUUCAACUCAGCCUAUGCAAAGCGGACAGAGACGUCACUCGUUUUCUGUGGGUCAAGGACCUUGAUCAACCACCCUCACCAGAGAAUCUUGUAGUCUACCGCUUCUGUCGUGUGCCAUUUGGGGUGAUCAGUAGCCCCUUCCUUCUAGCAGCUACUGUUCGCCAUCAUCUCUCUAUUGCCGACGUCCCAGACGCGCAAGAACUUCUUCGGAAUAUCUAUGUAGACAACUUGUUUAUCGGCGCAACCUCUCCUGAUGAGGCCCUUCAUAAGUACACUGCAACGAAGAAGUUAUUCUCAGCCGCAUCGAUGAAUGCCCGAGAAUGGUCCAGCAACAGUCCAGAGUUCCUUCACCACGUUCCCGAACUCGAUUGCGCUUCAACCGGUACACAAAAGUGCCUUGGUAUGCUUUGGGAUACCUGUCAAGAUAGUCUCUUCUGUACAAAGGUCGCUGCCACUCAUGCCGUCAUAGCAACCAAACGUCACCUACUGCAAACCGUGGCCAAGUUCUUCGAUCCACUUGGAUUGCUUUCUCCUGUUCUGGUGCGCGCCAAGAUACUUCUCCAGGACGUGUGGAAGUUAGAUGUAGGCUGGGAUGACCCUCUUCCACUUGAAAUCUUGGAUCGAUGGCAGAGUAUUGCGAUUGAUUUAGAAGAAGCGCAUACUGUGGCCUUCCCUCGGUACGUCGGCAACGCAUCACCCAAUGUCUCGCAUGCGCUCCAUGUCUUCUGCGAUGCGUCUGAAGCAGCCUAUGGCGUAGCUGCCUAUCUUGUUACCGACAAUGCCCAUGAGCGGGCAUCUCACCUCAUCUACAGCAAGUCUCGUGUUGCGCCAGUAAAGCCGUGCUCCAUCCCCCGCCUCGAGCUGAUGGCAGCUCUACUUGGUGCCCGAGUCAUCCUCUACUUACGCAAGGAGCUUCCUUUGGCCUUCUGCUCCACAGUGUUGUGGUCUGAUUCGACCACCGUUCUCCACUGGCUACAAUCAAAUGACAAGUUGCCAGUCUUUGUCCUCAACCGUGUAACCGCAAUACGAGCCGUCAACGAUCUCCAGUGCCGUCAUGUUCGCUCAGCUCACAACCCAGCGGAUCUGCCGUCACGAGGAGCAUCAACCUCAUUCCUACUGGACAACAUCCUCUGGUGGCACGGACCGCCCCUCCUCACGCAGCCUCUAGCUGAUCUACCAUCAAAUGGCCCAAUCGCGCACGCCACCAUCGCCCUUGGGGAGGGUCCUCCGGAUUCAAAGGUGCCAGAGUCUCAGCAACCACACAAUAAAAAACCCGAUGCACAUCACAAGCAAAAAAAAAGAUGUGAUGAAACACCCCCAUUUGAUAUUGAUGUAACACGGUUUAGUUCGUUCUACACCUUAGUACGUGUCUCUGGUUUGUGUGCCCGCUUUGUGUCCAGACUCAAGUCGAAGCUACCGGGAGGGGCCGCGGCUGGGCCUCUCCCCCUCAGCAGCAGGGAAACGGAACAAGCACAACUGCUUUGGAUACGCCAUUGGCAGCAGCGACACUACCCAGACGUUGUCGACUGCUUGGCAUCCAACAAGCCUCAUCAGCUGAUCGGCAAGCUAGGCCUGUUCAGUGAUGAAGACGGUAUCAUCCGGUGUCGUGGACGACUGGAGAAUGCAGACCUGUGCAAUGACGCCAAGUUCCCGAUCCUACUACCCAGAGCUGUAGCCAGCCUCGUCAUCACUGACUGCCACAAGAAAGUGUUUCACUUCGGUGUGAACCACACGCUCGCCAGCCUAAGACUGAAGUACUGGGUACCGAAGGGACGAGCGGCAGUCAAAUCCACUCUGCGACUUUGCCAGGUUUGCCGGCAUCACAGUGGUCCCCCAUUCGCCAAACCGGAUAUGGCCCCCUUGCCAUCAUCGCGUGUGAAGCCAUCCAGAGCCUUCAGCCACACUGGAAUUGAUUUCUUUGGCCCAGUAUAUGUCCGUGGCCAGCCAGUUGCUACAAAGGUCUGGGUCUGUUUGUUUUCCUGCAUGUCCACCAGAGCAGUGCAUUUGGAAACAGUGAGCAACAUGACCACAAGUGAAUUUCUGCUAGCCUUCCGCAGAUUUGUUGCACGACGUGGAACCCCAGCACUCAUAGUGUCGGACAAUGCGCCCCAAUUCAAGGCAGCGCCCACAGCUUUAGAAGUCGCAUUCCGCGAUAUUCUACACCAUGAGGACGUCAGGUCCCACUUCGCCCGUCAUGAUAUCCAAUGGCAAUUCAUAGUGGAAUCAGCACCAUGGAUGGGUGGAUUCUACGAGAGGCUUGUGGGCACAGUGAAGAAAGCUAUGAAGAAGGCACUGGGCAGAUCCCUAGUCAGUCUUCAACACCUCAGCACGCUGCUCACUGAGAUAGAAGCAGUUGUGAAUUCCCGUCCACUUGUUUACAUCGACGAAGAUGUCCGUACUGUACUGACACCUGGUCACUUCCUCUCCAUCAGCCAGAGCACUGGCCUCUUUGAUCUCCCGGAGACAAGUGACGACCCUGACUUCCGCCCGACUCCAACCACUGCCGAAGAGUUACUCGCCGGUUGGAAGAAAGGUCAGAACCGCCUCCAUGAGUUUUGGCGCAUGUGGUGCAAUGACUACCUGCUGAGUCUACGCUCAACGCACACCACCCAUCACAGCCAAGGCCGUUCUGUCCUCCAUCGUACACCUGCAAUUGGAGAAGUUGUGUUGAUAAAGGACCAGCUUCCCCGAGCAUCUUGGAGAUUGGGCAAGGUGUGUGAAGUACAUGUCAGUGCAGACAACAAGAUCCGGUCGGCGUCUGUCACCACUGCUGAUCGACGCACACUGAAGCGUCCACUCAGCUUACUCUAUCCGCUGGAACUGAGCGCGACAGCGACACCACCAGCCGGUGUUACAGCAGAUGUCGCCUCUGAACCUGAUGCCGUCCCAGACUCUUCUAAAGCUCGUCCACAGCGCGCUGCCGCAGCCAAGCAGAGAAUUGCGCUGAAGAGUCUCAUUGAAGAUGAUGCCGUCUAG